UCCGUCUCGUGCGUUUCGGAGAAUCAAAAACUGUAUGGAUUUGUGUAGGAAGGAACGAAGGAGCCCUGUGCUGAUCCAAUUUAAUUGGUCCUGGAGAGUCCCGACCUUGGAGAUGAUGGUGCCGCACCUACACGAAGAAGAAAGAAAUGGCUGGGCCAUGUUUGGCCCGUAAGGACCUAACCGCGUCCGCCGGUCAGCAGCCGCCACGCUCGCCUUUCUCGCUGCUCCACUUCAAUGGCUUUAUUAAUCAGAGGAGGUAGAGGAGGAAUGGCUGUUCUGCCGCCUUACGCUCCACCAACCGGCAGCGCCUCCUCCUUUCGCCUCCAGUUCUCUUCCCGCCAUCACCACCUAAGCCGGUCUGUCCUCCCUUUCCCGAAUCCUGAUCUCGACUUCUUUCUCUCCAAGAAGCAGAAGCUCCGGACGAGGAGCAGGGCCUCCAUUUUCGCCAUGGCGUACGAGAAGGAGCUCUCCGUCGCCAAGAAGGCCGCUUCCCUCGCUGCCCAACUCUGCAAGAAAGUGCAGAAGUCGCUUUUGCAGUCAGAUGUCCAAUCAAAGACUGAUAAAAGCCCUGUAACAAUUGCUGACUAUGGUUCACAAGCUUUAGUAAGUUUUGUUUUGCAGCAAGAACUUCCUUCAGAACCCUUUUCACUUGUUGCAGAGGAGGACUCAAGUGAUCUUCGUAAAGAUAAUGCACAAGAAGUACUAGCACGCAUCACGAAUCUGGUAAAUGAGACGCUGUCUAAUGAUCAAAGCUAUGGAAUGUCACCAUUGACAACUGAAGGUGUUCUUACUUCAAUUGAUAAAGGUAAAUCAGAAGGUGGUCCUCACGGACGUCAUUGGGUACUGGAUCCUAUAGAUGGAACAAAAGGAUUUCUUAGAGGAGAUCAAUAUGCAAUAGCACUGGCCUUGCUAGAAGAAGGCAGAGUUGUCCUGGGUGUCCUUGCCUGUCCAAAUCUUUCACUAAAUAUAAUUGGUAGGCAUGAUCAACUUCCUUUGGAAAAUGAAGUUGGUUGCCUUUUCUCUGCUUCCAUUGGGUCUGGUACAGAGAUGCAGCCCUUGGAUAUCCCUGGGGCUAAAAAGGUAGAAGUUUGCCCUAUCGGGGACCCUGCAGAAGCAUCAUUCUUUGAGUCAUUUGAAGCAGCACAUUCAAUGCAGGACUUGACAGGCUCUAUAGCAAAGAAAUUGGGUGUGCAAGCACCUCCAGUUAGGAUAGAUAGUCAGGCAAAAUAUGGAGCAUUGGCAAGAGGAGAUGGAGCUAUUUAUUUGAGGUUUCCUCAUCAAGGUUACCGUGAAAAGAUAUGGGACCACGCUGCUGGUUCCAUUGUAGUUACAGAAGCUGGUGGCGUGGUGACUGAUGCUGCGGGGAAUCCCUUAGAUUUCUCAAGAGCAGCAGAGCCUUUCUUUCUUCCAGUUGAUCUUCACGAAAUCUGGUAGCUGGCUUUGUCGGGUCCAAGAGCCCCAUCCUUUUUCUGAUCACUGAGGAGCAUGGUGGCGAAGAGGUCUUUCAAUUCUAUCCAGUGGACCGAAUUAUUCUUUUUUUGUUGAUUAAAUCUCUAACCGAAUCGGUUAAACUCUAUAUGAACUGUGUGUCUGUCUGGUUUCCUCUAAAUAAAAGGAACAUGAGGUUUA